CCGCUUCUCAUUCAGGUUCGAUUCACGAUCUAUGUUUUUGCUGGACUGUGGCCCCGAGAUGUUCAUCUACGUUGGAUCGAAUGUGGCACCAGCGAUCUUGAGUGACGUUAUAGGAGUGAACUCCGUUCCGGAGAUUCCCGAUUUCUGCAUUGAUCUCCCAAGUCGGGAGACGGCCGCAAGCGAGGCACUGUUUGCAUUUAUCGACAGUAUCAACGAGGAGAAGCCGUACUCUACUUACAUACAGGUUAUCAGGGAUACGAGCCAAUUCCGGUCGUUGUUCGUGGAAAAGUUCGUCGACGAUAGGAAUCAGAGUUCGAUGUCCUAUUACGAAUUUUUACAGCACUUAAGGACCCAGGUAAAGUAAGCUAUGCUUGCCUAAGUGCUUACUAAGACGAGGACAUAGUGAAAUAUAGAGUUCAGCAUAGCGUCAGGAGCACACUAUAUAAUAAAGGCAUGAUCAAGCGGGAGAACGGGGAAAAAGUUAGUAAUAACCAUAUGAGGAAACAGGAUAAACAAUUGUAGUAAAUUAUGUAUAAUAAACAAUGUGAGACCCAUUUAAACCUUGCAAAUCGUUGGUUGAAAGUGUAAAAAAACAUAGAUAUAUAAUAUAAAAAAAUAUAUAUAAAUGCUAGACUACUUUAAACGAAAAAAACACUCACUUUUUGUAGACGACUGCAAACAUUCAAUUUCAUUGUAACAAAUAAACCGAAUUAGGACAACAGC